CGCUCAUUUGAAAAUAAGUCAUGAUUUGGUGGCUACUUUCCUUUCUAACUCSAGUGAAAACAGCACACUAGUCAGACUUGUUUUUCUCACUUUGUUUCCUCACUUCCAACCCAUCUUUUGUUAGAUAAACAACGAUUUGCAGUUUGUGACAUGGUGCUGUCGUUUGUUUAAGGUUGUUAAACGUGAAACCCGAUACGUCGGGGAUUAUGCUCUGAAUUAUAAAAGGCUGCACUGAGUCAACAUUUGCAGAACCAUCUCUGUUGGGGUAUGUCUCUACAAGCUUUGAGCAUUUACAGCCCCCAUAUUUUGCCCAUUCAUCUUUGCAAUACAGCUACAGGUCAGACAUAUUGCAGGCAACCCUAACCCUACAAUUCAGUGGUGUCUAACAGGGCAGCACAGAUGGAUAGCACCAGAAACAACCAUGCCCACACACAUACUCCCCCCUAAGAACAAUCCAGAGAAGCCAGUUAACCUAGCAUUCAUAUUUUCUUUUAUUUGACUGUUGGAGGAAGCGACGACACGCUGGAGAACCCACAAAUGUACGGAGAAAACAAGCAGAACGACAGGCRAGAGUCAAACAGGGAACUUUAUUGCUGCAAAGGSAACAGUGUUAACUGCCCAGCAUCGAUUUCCUCACCAAUAAAUCYAAAUAAAAUACAUUAAAGUUUUGAAAUGAGUCAAACGUGAAAAAWWUUUUUUUAUGAGAAUAAUUGUUUCAAGACAACAUGUAAUAGUCUAUGCAUGCAUGACCUAACCAAAGUAAUUAUGUGGCUACUGAGGGUAAUUUGUAGCGUCACGUGUUAGAUAAGGGCUUUACUGCAAAAAGAACAGAUAGGCAGACCUCAGAUGUAAAUAUAUGGAUCUAUUUAUCUUUUUAUAAUGUUUCAGUGAACACACCAGUGAAGGUUCUGCACACCAGCCUCUUUGGUUUAAGUUUACACUUGCAGAGGCAUCACAAUGGUUGCAAAGUAAUGAUGUGAAGCCAAAUACCUGCAGCUGGUGAAUGAGUCCCUUCAUCCCCUUUUUUUAUCAGAUGGUGCCUAGUUCAGAUCCGAUCAUCCACUGGCUCCACUGAAUGAAAGGCCUGUGCCCAGCGGUCCCCACAGUCUCAUAAUGAAUGGCCCUGCCUUCACUUUUUUUCCCGCUCCUUUGCUGGAAAAUGCCAUUGUUAAGCCCUUCUUCAUGAGAGGACACGUGGUGCAGCUUGAGUGUGGAGUUCAAUGUCUGUUUAGCUCCCUUUGGACAGCACUGACUGAACCACCGGAGGCAAUAAUCAGGCAAUUUAUGAGCCACAUUAAUCAGUUUACGAACAUGACUUAUAAAUCUUAGACGUUAGCUAAAGCAAGUCACAUUGUGGUUUCAAAGGUCAAACGUUAUUAAAACAAAUUAAAGAUAAGUACCUUCUGUGUUUUGUGCAGCUUUAUUUUUAAAAUUUGAACARAUUUCUGCACUUUUUUGAACCUACGCUGACAUGACCUUAAUACAUAAUUUAACUAUUCAUCUAGUAUUUGCAUAAACUCAGAGGUUUUGGAGCUUUGCUUGUGUGUGUUAGGGUCAUUGUGGCCCUCCCUGCGGUGUGUGUAAAUUAGUUUUGAUGUGACAAGGGAGAAAAAGGAGUAGAGGAGAGGGAGCGUAGUGGGGGAGGGAGUGUAGUGGUGGGAGGAGAAGUGAAGGAGCGAGCAUUUCUCUGCUCACCAGGAAUAUUGAGCACACACAGAAGAUGAAUUGGGAAGAGAGAGGUCUCUGUCGGAUAAGCUGAGUUGGCUGUACUUUAUCAGCCACAGGCUGCUCCCGGCUGAUCUCUGGACUCUCAGAUUGAGCAACUCACCAGGAGACCGGCAGCUGAAUAAUGAUUUAAAAAAGAGAGAGAAAAACAACAGAGGGAAAACAGCAGCUUAAAAAUGCAGGAAUAACUGACAGGAGCAUGCAUACAGGUUUUUGGAAAUGCAAUGACGUCUGAGAAAUGUUUCCUUUUGAAGUUUUGAGGAAGAGCAUGAUCGGUUUCAGAGGACAAGGGGGGGGUCAGAGGACGGGCUCCGGUGACAGCCAGUGAAAGGACCUGAGCCCUCAUGUGAAACACGGAGGAAUUAAAAGGUAAAGGCAGAGAAAAAGCAACAGAGGCAGACUGGCAGGCCGCAGACUGAACGUCAGGAUGGGUGUGAAGCGCAAGGCGGCCGCUGCUAUCUUGGUCCUGCUGCUGUGUCUUGGAUCACUGUGGCUGCAGGGAGGUUUGGACUAUCACUGGGAUUCCUGUUUAAAAGGUUACAAUCAUGUUAACAAGCCCCCGCUGCAAAAUCAGCAUCACCAGCUGUCCAACAGCAGCGAGGCAGAGGGGACGCAGGGCCCGCCUGCUCUCGCUCUGUGCCCCGGCCAGAACUUCCAGGUGUCGGUGUUGGUCUCCCACCUGCUGGCUGCUCGGGCUUACACCUCGGAUGUGCUGCUGCAGCCAUAUCUGUCCAGCUGGGACGAGCUUGUAAAGUUCAUGGAGUCUCUGGGCCCUAUGGUUAGUUUAAUAUCAAAGGAGAUAGAGACUAAGACUUCUAUAAUCCGCCAACUGGCCCUGCUUUCUGAGAAGGGCCCAGAAGCAGAGUUUGUCCCAGACACGCACUCAGGAAACUCUGAAAACUCACAAACUGGGGUGAAAAAGUUUGCUGGGUAUUCGCAGGAUACCUACCACUCGGUGCACUCAAUGAUUUGGACUGAGCUGAAUCGAGGCAUAGUCGAUUUCCACCACCAGACAGACUCAGGAUGCCGGACUCUUCUGCGACUCCAUCGAGCUCUGCUCUGGUUGAAACUCUUCCUGCAGAAGCUGGCAGAGACGCCGACGGCCGGACGGCUCAGGAGCCCCUCCGAUCUGUGUCGGGAGGCGUACCAGAACACCUUGUCUCACCACCACACUUGGUUUGUCCGGCGGGCGGCUGAGUUGGCCUUCAUCGCCCUGCCGGAGCGAGGAUUUUUCUUCAGGCUGGUGUGUGUGCAGAACCAGGAGGAGCUGAGCGUGGUGUUAACCAGAGUAGUUAACGCCAUUGGAGAAAUCUAUGACAGGACACAGAAAGCACUGGAGGAAAAUGGCAUGCUGGACUUACCUUGACAAUGUGAAUCAUAUUUUUGUCUUUGAAAUCACCGUUAAACUUUCAAUUUCAAUCAAAAACGAAGCAAACCUUUCAAAACCAGCUGAGAAGACUAUUACUGAAGUCAAAAGAUAAACAGUCUGAGCUCAUCAUCGAAUUACCUUUGAGAUAAUUCAAUGAAACAGAUGACAUAUGGAGGCACUGACUCAUUUAAUCGAGUGAAAACGGCAUUAUAAAAGCAUCUGCGUAACGCAUUUAACAAGCAGGAAGCAGUGUUUUGUGACUGGAUCAGAUUUUAGUGGCUCGUUCUUGUAUCUUCCUCUGCCUGUUACGGCAUUUUUCUAUGGAUUAGAUGAUAACUGCCUGAUUAAGUGUGAAUAAUUUCAUGCGCAUUGAUUUUGUACGCUGAUGCCAACAAAUUGCCACAGCACCAGUCUCCCAUGAUGAGAGGUCUCAUGUGAAACAAUAUGUGCUGACGGCAUGCUGCCUUUUAGAGUAAAUGUGCCAACAUGACAGACAAUAAGAACAUUUUCUGUGAUAUUUAGAAAAAUUAAGAUUUAGUAAGACAAGAAAGAAAGUACUUGGCAGUUGUUGUUUUUAAUAUGCUGCAAGAAGCCAAAAUGUGCAACUGUAUACAUUAAUCCAGGUCUGGAUGAUUCUGAAAAAAAAGGUUGUUCCUUCAUUCAAUCCUGUAUGUUUUUUUUCCCUUUCAGGUUAGAAGAGGUGGAAAAAUAUGAAAUGUUUCCCUCGACAUGCUGAUCACAGUUGUAAUGUGAUCAUUCAUCCAGCAGAGGCUCCAGUACUCUACUCUGGAGUAAUCUUAAAUCCACUGACAGACUUAUACAAAAUAAGAUCAUGUUAUAGGUCAAAUAAUAAUAAAUAAAUAAAUAAAUAAGCUUUAUGCAUUCAGCUUUCUUAAAGAAAAUGUCUUGCAACUAGCAUUCACUGGUUUACAUCAUACUAUUUUAAAACCCCAUAAUGCUUCAUAAUCCUCACCACCUGCCUUUCCUUGCAUUAUUCUCUUUCUAAGGAGAGAAAAGAAAGGAGGGAUAAAGAUAUAGCUUGAAACCAUGGAAGAGAACUGAACCCAUUCUUUGAACAGCAUUUUACAUGAAAAAUAUUAGCUUUUAUUAUUAUCAUCCUACAUCAGAUUGUAUGUCAAAGUUUAAGCAGUUUUCUGUAAAAAUAAAAAAAUAGCCAAUGAGCGAAUUUUGACUUUCACAAUAAUAGCUUAGUUUAAAAAGUGUAUAUAUACCCCCCCCGCCCCACCCCGCCAGUACCACUCAUUCUAUUUCAUAGCAUCAAAAGGUGAAAACAAAACUUCUACUAUUUAAGAUUAUCUCCAAAUUUCAGGGAAUGGUUUUGAAUUUUUUAAAGGGAGAUUCUGUUAAAAUAUUAUAAGUAGUCCAUAUCUUAUCUGCAGUAUAUUGUCCUCUUGGUGUCUUUAGCUUAGCAUAGACCCAGGUUGGUUGAAGCAACAAGCAGAAGCUAACGGCUAGCUAGUCUAAAAGCAGCCAAGACCAAAGCAAACUCGUAACUUCUUAAAGCUACGGCAAUCUUAUUAACGUCCCAGUUUUUUCGUUUAAGGCCGUUUUACAAACCUUUAAACUGUUGCCAUGUUUGAAUUGRUCAGUUAUUUACAGAAAACCUGAUACGAGAAAAGGAGGUAAGAGUCGGUGCAUCACUAAUAGUCUUCCUGUAGGAAACAAACAUAUAUUAAGAAAGAUACAUGUGGGAUAUGGAUAGAGUUAUUGGCUGAUUUAAAAGUAAAGCUGAAUAUUUUAGAGGUUUAUGUAAWCUUCUGCCUCCUACCUUUAUUUUCUUUCAAAGCAAACAUCAAUUUCGGUGUAAAUAAUACCCAAUGUAAACAUGAGGACUGAAUAAAGGUACAACUGCUAUGAUGUUUUUGAUUCUGAUCCCUCUCAUACUUAAUGUUACACUCAGUGUCCAGUGUAAACUAAUCUGAAAUUAAACUAAACUAGUUAAAUCAUGAAUUACCUUCAACUAUAUGACUGACUAUCACAUUAAAAAUUGUGUACUACUACUUAAUCUAAAAAAGUUUUGAACCUUUUUUUUUAUACUUGUCACAUUUGCGUGGAUUUGUUAUGUACCACUGAGAUUAUUUUGAGUGAGAUUACAGAAUAUGUUUACAAAAAGACUCAUUUGACACUUCUUGACUCCUUCUUUUUCUCUUGAAAGUAUAAUACAUUGUUGCAAUAUCACAAUCAUCGGAUAAUGCAAACAAAACAAUCCAAACACUUCAGUUAACACGAAGCUAAGAUGCAAGAAGCAAAACCAAGUCCGAGUUCCCUUAAAUUGCAUUUAUUUAUUUAUUUAUUUAUUUUAUCUUGACUUAGACAUGAGCAAAAAUAGACAUAAGGUAAGAGCCAAAAAUAUGGAUCCAGCAGGAUAAUUUAUUUAUUUCUUUUCAUAAAUGUAUAUUUUAGGACAAUUCUUUGAACCACAAUCAUAGCAACAGUGCAACUUUAAGGUAGGUGUGGGUGAUGAUAUUUCUCGUAUUUAUUCACUGUUUGAAUCAUGAAUUUCUCUCUAACACUUCACACUGUGCAGCUUUGCAGUUUCUGAAAGUGCUUCGAGGGUUAAAGUCCUGUUAGAACUUUGAUUGCAAGCUUUAAAAGCUAUUAAUUUUUAAGAUAUUAAUUAAACAGAAAAAGACAGACUCAAACGAUGGUGAAAACAUUAAACCAUAAUGCAAGUCUAAACAAAUUUCUGGCAUCUUGCCUUUUYGUUGAACUAAAUUAUGAAACCUCUUCAUGUAGCUUUCAUCACACAAUACAGUUCAAACCUUACAUUCUCGUCUCGUUACAGCAAAAAUACUCUUUCAUUCACGAAGCAUUUUAUUACUCACUUUUUUUUUCAUAUUGGCUGCAUAUGCGCACAAACGUGGUCCUUCUUUCCCCCUUGCUCUUGAAUGUACCGAAUGUUGCCUUUCCUCUGAACAAUCACACAUUUGCACAGGAGAUAAAUAUAUAUUGCUCUUUGAUAACAUCUCUAAAUUAGCACAGGAAGAAAUAAAGGGAUAAAUUGAGAUAGCAGGAAAGAACAUUCUGUGUAACUGGAGGACAAAGAUGUCUGUCCACCAGGAGGCACUGUUUUGCUGCAGGGAAACUUUUUCUGCUUGUGCGCGUAUCUAUUACWGUAUGACAGGAGGCCUUUAUGAUUCUGUGGGUGAGAUUUUUGCUCAGACCAGCAAAUGAGCAUCUCUCCGAACUGCAAAAAUAGAUGAUGUGUGAAUUAUCAUUAAUAUCUUUGGCAGAAGAAGUAAUGUUCAAGUAUGAAUGACAAGAAAAAAGAGUGAAAUCGACGGAUGAAACCAAACAUUUGACUAGAUGGAUUGCAGUAUUGACUGGAUGUGAGUUUGAAAGUAUGGAAAAGCUUGUCAUAAGAGAGUAGCUUUAAAGCCGUGAAYUGGGCAUUUGAUGCUCGGCACAUGAACGACAAAGUAGGGUAAAGAAGUUCAGCGUGCCUGCUUUGGAUUAGUUGACCAGAUUAAGAGAUUACAAUGAAAUUAAGUAAGAGCUGAAAGCAGGCCAGGAGAAGAGUACAUCUGAAUCUGUCAGUGAAGUCCCAAAAAGCUAAAAGAGGAGAGCAUGAUAAAGCACAUCUUAGAUAAAAAUUAGAUGAUUAAUGGUCCAUGUACUUGUCCCUCUAGGCUCAGAUAAAAUGUUCUGUUUGGACCUUUGUGAGAUUCAGCAGCACAGAGAACAAUAAUAUGGACAAGCAGAGUCRGAUCUUACUUACUUGGGUUUCUGUUAAGAGCAUCCACCAUAUUUUGGUGCCACUGGUGAAAAUUAGCAAAAAAAACCCUAAAAUAAAUAAAUAGUUUCAUAAUAUGGCAUUAAGAAAUGUAAAAAAAAAAAAAAAGCCAACUUUGAAUUUGAUUACAUUAUGAUGGUGCCACAAUUAGUGGUAAUUUUAAUAGUUCCUAUGAAGCUUGUAAGUAGAUGAGAUCACCAGGAACUUUUAAUUAGCAGUCCACAUUUAUUUUUUUUCUGGAUCGCCUAGAUACACUGAAGGCCUUUUUUUACCCGCGGUAUAAUAUUUCUGUGAUUGCUUUUGACUUUCACAUGUCAGGAAUAGAUUUUUAUCUUUUAGACAACAGAAUAUGAUAUAACAUCCGGAAACGUAACUAUUUUUUCCUACUCAAUUUUUGUUUUUCCACACGUCAUGAAAGAUUAUCAAAUCAAAUACCUUACUACUUCAGAAGAAGUCAUUUAAGCUCUUUAUUCUACAAAAAAAAUGUUUUUAGUAAUCCAUAGCUUCUAUUUUUGGGGGAUAUAACACAGAGAUCAAUUUCUGGGAAUGRCAAGAGUCCAUGCCGUUCAAAAGCAGCAGAUGAUGUGUUGAUCUGAAAAAGUCAGGAUGUAGCUACAGCAGACCAGGGAGGGAUCAMAUGGUCACCAAGUCUCUGCAGCAACAAUUCCUUUUCUAAGGGUCAACAAUUGCUAAGGGUGCUGUACAUGGCUGGACAAUAUUACAGUUGAGUUUUUACAGAUUUGUCAGAAUAAUAUUUAAUCUUUUAGGCAGGUUUGUGGGACAGCACAGCACUGGAUGUGCACCAAAACUCAGGCAUGAUAAAUGACUUUUAAUGGAGGUGAUACUGGUUAGAUAUUCAUCGUGAUGAUUUUUCUCUCGUACAGCAGAGAAUAAAGCAAGAACAACAAAACAAACUAAUAAAUCAACAUGUGGUCACUGUACAUCUGAAAGCUUACUGAGUAUUUUCUCACAGACGCUCGUGAGAAUGUAAGCAAGUCAUGGGAAUGUUCAAGAUCAAUAUCCUGCAUAGUGGUGAUGARUGUGGAAAAAGAAAGCAGGGAACAAAAAACAAACUGUCUAUAUCCUCCUCCUCCUCCAAAAACUGCAAGUGCUUUUAUUAAAUCAACUCAGCUUCACAAAUGAAGGAAUAAAAAGCACACUUCCAGUGCAAAACAAUAAAAAAAAGAAAAAACUCUGACAAUGACAUCUAUUCCUGGUAUUAAGGAAAUAGAUGCAAAACACUCAACAACAACAACAA